GGUUCUUCUACUUCUGUGAUGAGUGAUGAUGAUAAUGAUUCUCCAUUUAACUUGCCUGUGAUUGAUGAAAUUUCUGUGCCUGAUAUUUCUGCUGAAACUAUUGACACUGUUGCAUCACAUGAUUCAUCUGAAACCCCUAUCACCUCAUCUGAACUUACACCUGUGAAAGAUCAUCCAUUGUCAAAUGUUAUCGGAGACCCUCUUACUGGUGUGAAAACUCGGAGACAGCUUCAGUGUGAAUUUGCUUGCUACGUUUCUCUAGUUGAGCCAAAGAAUGUUGAUGAAGCUCUUCUCGAUGAAUACUGGAUUAAUGCUAUGCAAGACGAACUUGGUCAAUUCACGCGUAAUGAUGUCUGGGAAUUGGUGCCACGUCCUGAGCAACAACACAUAAUUGGUACCAAGUGGAUUUUUAAGAAUAAGAAAAAUGAGGAUGGUACCAUUGUUCGAAAUAAAGCAAGACUAGUUGCUCAAGGCUACUCACAAGUUGAGGGAAUAGAUUUUGAGGAAACCUUCGCCCCGGUUGCUCGUCUUGAAUCAAUUCGUAUUCUGUUUGCGAUCGCCUGUCAUUUUAAAAUUACUCUUUUUCAAAUGGAUGUUAAAAGUGCUUUUCUAAAUGGUUUUCUAAAAGAGGAAGUCUAUGUUGAACAACCAAAAGGUUUCAUAGAUUCAAAAUUUCCUAAUCAUGUUUUUCGUCUGAAAAAGGCACUUUAUGGUCUUAAACAGGCUCCGCGGGCAUGGUACGAGCGUUUGACAAAAUUUCUUUUGGAAAAGGGCUACAACCGAGGGGGAGCGGAUAGAACUCUUUUUGUUAAACACUCGAAAGAUAAUUUCAUCGUGGCACAAAUUUAUGUUGACGACAUCGUCUUUGGAGCAACUAAGGAUAAGGAUGCCAAUGAUUUUGCAAAGUUGAUGACAAGCGAAUUUGAGAUGUCAAUGAUGGGGGAGCUUAACUAUUUUCUUGGACUUCAAGUCAAACAAACUAAAGAUGGAAUACACUUGUGUCAAUCCAAAUAUGCGAAAGAUUUGGUUAAGAAAUUUGGAUUGGACAAUGCAAAAGAUUUUGACACUCCAAUGGGUACAAGUAAUAAAGGACUUGGAUUGAAUUCAGAAGGACCGAGCGUGGAUGAGAAACUGUACAGAAGCAUGAUUGGGAGUCUGUUGUACUUGACUGCGAGUAGACCAGAUAUUGCCUUCAGUGUUGGAAUUUGUGCUCGCUAUCAAGCUAAUCCUAAGGAAAUUCAUCUAAAAGCGGUCAAAAGGAUUAUUCGAUACGUUAAAGGUACAAUUGCUUAUGGUCUCUGGUAUCUGAUGGGAACAUCUCUUGAUCUGAUUGGAUACUCAGAUGCAGACUGGGCUGGCUCUGCAGAUGAUCGGAAAAGUACUAGUGGCGCGUGUUUCUCCCUUGGACACUGUCUUGUCGCAUGGCACAGCAAGAAACAGAACUGUAUUGCAUUAUCCACUGCCGAGGCUGAGUAUAUUUCUGCUGGUAGUUGCUCUACUCAGUUGUUAUGGAUGAAGAGCUUACUGAGCGACUAUCGGAUCCCAUCCACCACUCUUACUAUUCUUUGUGAUAACACAAGUGCAAUUAAUAUUUCUAAAAAUCCUGUCUUACAUUCUCGAACGAAACACAUUGAACUCAGAUAUCAUUUUUUAAGGGAACUAGUCGAAUCAAAUCUUCUUCAUCUUGAAUAUAUUUCUACUGAAAAUCAGCUUGCUGAUAUUUUGACAAAACCUUUAGAUCAAAAACGCUUUCUACAUUUGCGAAAGGCUAUUGGUAUUCCAUCUAGAGGGAUCUUUUUCGAAAACAAAAUGUAUUCCUUUUUGCUUGCUCUUGUGUUCCUCAUGGCUGGUGGUGGUCGAGGUGGUAAGCGCCAGCGUACUUCGACUCAACAACCUGUCGAGCCACCAGUUGAGGAUGUCGGCAGUGAAUAUGCUCCUGAUGAAGAAUCAGAAACUGAGUCGAUAGAUUCGGAAGCAUUCUCUCCAGAAGUGUUGUCGACGAAGAAGAAAGGGAAGGAAAAGGUAGUUGCAGAAAAGGAGAAAGGACAGAGCAAAGCCAAAGGGAAAGGAACGGAAAAAUUGACAUAUUCUCGUAGUAAGAAGAAGACUGGAGGUAUUGAAAUUCGUGAACCUACAGCUGAUGUACCUCGCCGCAGUACUCAGGGAGGCAACGUUGAUCCGAAGAGACGUUCAAUGUACUCUUCGAAGAAUUGUAUUGGUGAGCGGCACGUUGGAGUUCAGAACUUAAUUGAACGAGUUCCUGGUCUUCAAGCCUUGUUUGAGAACGGAGGUCUCUAUGAAAUUAGCGAUUUUCCCGAACAAACUAGAUAUUGUUUGGAAUUAAUUCGGGAGUUCUAUAUGAGAGCGGGAUAUCUGGAGGAUUCCGAUGGUGGACCGUUCAUUUUUAAGACCUCUGUGCGUGGCAUCGAAUUGACAAUUACGCCUGAAACUAUUGCUUCUGUUCUUGGUAUGCAGGCUCGGACUGAUGGAAUUGAAUAUUUGCAUGCUGGUUUUGAUGCGGUUCGAGAUUGGCGUCUGGUUAUGAAUGGUGUAUGUUUGCCCAACGUUGAACCAAAUGGCAUUUGUGUGAUGUCGAAGGAAUUAAAGAUAGAGUUUCGUUUCUUGAAUUUUGUGGUCUGCUACAAUAUAAUGCCGUUGGCUAACACGAAGGUGGUGCGUUGGGAUCGCAUGCUUUAUAUGUAUUUGGUGGGUCAGCCGAAUGUGGUUCGUGAUAGGAAGAUCAAUCUUAAUGUUCCAUUUUUGGUUUGGCGCCGUAUGGCUAAAGACAUCAAGACUUCUAGUCAGUCAGAGAGGUUGCCUUAUCUGUUAAUCAUAAUGCGGAUUCUGAGGAUGUUUGAUGUGGACACGAGAUGUUCGUCAUAUGAACAUAGUCUGGGCGUGAUUAGUGAAACUACGUUCAUUAAAUCUGCGGUGCAGCUUCAGUCGCAGCGCUCUCCUCCACGACGUUCGUCUCAACAGCGUUCCACUCCACCUCCUGGUCCUUCUCGUCCUUCGGCAGAGGUGUCUGAGGAAGAAAUGUCUGUCUCUUCUGUUUAUCAGGAACAACAAAGGUUAUCUCUAGAGCAAGAACGGAUUUCGGCGAACUUCGACGGAUUUCUGAGGAUCAGGCUCGCAUGGUUGCUGAGCAGGAGCGCCUCACUAGGCAAGUGA